CGAGCGGAUAUAUUAUUAUCCCGACAAGCAUGCUCAGUUUGUCAAAGAAUUAUCGCGCAUGCAUGCGGAACAAACGACCUGAUCUGACACUCGCUUACGUAAGGCUGCGGUACUUUGGAAUGGUAGCAGAGAAGGCAACCACGUCGUGUUUGCACGGUGCUCUCUAUUGGAAUUUGGUCCUCAUUUUUCUCCAGUUGGUUCAGGCAGCUGAAGAACUAUCAGUAAAUGUCACAGUGGAGCCACAUUAUGGAUGUGUCUGUCCGAGACAAAGCUACACCUGUAGAGCAUAUCCCGUUUCACAAAUGAGUUGGACUGUCGUAACAAACCCAACUGAUCAAGUGGUCUACAAUAUCUUUAUCUUCGACCAAUUUAAAAUUGACAACAUCUCAAGAAAUGGGCUGCAAUACACAUUUUCAGAGAAGACAAUAGACGAUGCUGCAGUCAUCACGUCUGAACUCCUCAUCAUUGCCCCACACAGGAAUAACACAAAUGCCACUUGUGCAGCAUUUAAAAAUGAGAACCGCAACUUUGACACUGUUGUAGCCUGCAUUACUGGUCCAGCCUCCCCUCCCACUAGUCUGUCAGUGGUGUGGGACCCACCAUCAGCUGUGGUCAGUUUCCAGUCUCCAGUGUAUGGUGGAGAAUGUGUGGACUAUUAUGUUGUCACUGCUGUCAGUGGAGAGGAGAGUUUUGAAUGUGAUGCCUCUGAAAAACGUGUACACACUUGCUUCAUCCCAAAUGACAGAAGUGUGAAUGAUUUCAAUUUCACUGUGUACUCAGUGACCGUAGGAGUUGAUGGUGUUCUCCAGAAUGGAGAAAGUGUCACUGACUGCUGUUUGUCUUUUCCCGGAAAUGUAAAUGCAAUUGAAAAGGAAUGCAACAUCGUUCAAGUGUCAUGGAAGGGGAACCCAGGUGCUCAAGGGAACGUAACUAUUAGUGUUGAUGGUAGUGAGAGAGCAAUUUCUGAUCCCACAUACCAUGAGAGAGGUAGUUCUGAAGACUCUCAUCUACUGACAUUAGACUACUCUGAGACUGGACCAGUGGAAAUUGCUGUGACAUUCUCUAGUGCUGUCUGUAACAAAACCACUGUCACCCACUACCUCGUUGAAGGAGUGUUGACUAGUGUGUACCUGAGGUCCAGGACACUAGUCAUUGAGAGCAGAGACUGUAUUGCUAGACCUGAGAACUACAGGAUUAUCAUAGCCACUCCCACUACACUGGUGAAUGUGUCCUUUAAUGCAACUGUGGAAUAUGACCUGGGGGAUAUAGUGAGCUCUGGCACUGUAAUCACAGUACAGUUGGUUGAGACCACAUCCAACACCAUCAUUGAUGAGAUGACUUAUACCAUCACCAUGUAUCCCACCCCUACAGUAACCCCUAUACUAACACCUACUGAACCAGGUUAGUUUCACUCUUGCGUAUUGUAGCUAUAGUUAAAGAUUGAAAAAAUAGCGCUGGAGUAGUAGGUGGUGGUGUGGGACUGCUGGUAAUAGUGGCUGUUUCAGUGAGUCUGGCUGUGUGGCUUUGUGUGAGGAAAAGAAGGUCAAAAUAUGAUGUUAGUGCAGCAUCCAACAAGGGAGAGGAAUUGAAAAUUCUUGGUCCCCAAGUGAGUGUGGAGGAGAGAACGUGUGGUCCACCAGAGACCCCAGCCCCAGCAGCACCAGAGACCGACAGUACUCGUCCUGAUGUCAUCCCUCCUGUCUAUGAUGACCUCAAUACCCUCUCUAGAAAGAAGGAGGAGCCACUGUCACUGCCAAUGUAUCAUGUGUUGGAAGGACCUACUCCUGUUGUGUGUGCACCAGACACACAUGGAACUGAGACUCCAGCCCCAGCCACUGAUAUCCCUGUAUAUUCUGUUGUCGACAAGACUAAGAAGAAAAAGAACAGAGCUUCGAAGCCCAUCUCUGAGGACAAGGAGGAGAGUUCUCCAAUCAACAAUGAACCUCAGCGAGAUGCAGAAAAGGACACUUCUUUUCAAUAGUGUGUCAUUGUAGCAGGUCAGUAUUAUACCAUAGUUACAGGUCAAGACUCAUUUUAGCACUAUAGACUCAGUGAAUUGUCAUAAUCAUCAUUGUAGCACUCGUUUGAUUUUUACUCCUCAUUUUUUUCACUAUCCCAUUUCAUAUUUGUGUAUCACUUUCAGCCUAAGCAAGCUGGUCCUGGUACAUGGUUGUUGUGGCUUUGUAUCCCAUGAGUCUGAGACAGCUGGAGCCUGUUUAUAGACAGCUGCUCCUUGUAUGAGUGAGGGUGCAUGUCUAGUCUCUCACA